AUGGCUGGCGGAAAAGGGCCCCGCUUUUGGCCCCUAAGCACCGAAGAUCAACCCAAACAACUGCUAUCUCUGGUAGGCGACACCAGUUUGCUGGAACAAGCGGUGGCUCGCAUCACCCCACUCAUGCCGUUGGAGGAUAUCUAUGUUGUGACCGGAGAAUCCUUGGUAUCGGCGACGAAGCACCACCUCCCUGACCUCCCGUCAGAAAACAUCAUCGUGGAACCGGUGGGACGGAAUACCCUGCCAUGUAUUGGUCUGGCAGCCCUCUAUCUGAGAAAAUGGCGGGGCGAUGAUGCCGUCAUGGUUGUGUUACCCGCGGACAGUGUUAUCCAACAUCAGGAGCGAUUCCGUAAGUUGCUGCAAUAUGCCGCAAACAUUGCGGCAAACGAUGACGUGUUAAUCACUUUCGGGGUUACCGCCACCCGCCCUGAAACCGGAUACGGUUACAUCCAUAUUGGAGCGACAGCCCAUACAGCGGAUGAUUUUCAAGCCUUCCAAGUCCGUCAAUUUGUCGAAAAACCGGACAGGGAAACCGUAGAGAAGUACCUUGAGAGUCGAGAGUACCUCUGGAAUAGUGGCAUGUUUGUGUGGCGGGUUGAUGUCAUUCUCAACGCUAUCAAGACCUAUCAGGCGUCCAUUUAUCAGAAGUUAAUGGAGAUCGAUGCCGCUAUCGGAACUGCAAGCGAGGCUGAGGCAAUAUCUCACGCUUACUCCCAAAUGGAGGGGAUCUCCAUUGAUUACGGUGUGAUGGAAAAGGCGAAGGAGGUACUGGUAAUUCCCGCGGAUAUUGGUUGGAAUGAUGUGGGAGGUUGGGGGGCAAUGCACGAACUGUGUGAACGGGAUACGUCUGGAAACACUGUACGUGGGAGGCACAUAGGAAUAGAUACCCAAGAUUGUAUCAUUUUCAAUCAGACUGCACAGAAUCCCGAUGUUAUCGAGGGCAAACUGAUUGCCACCAUCGGGGUAAGCGACCUUGUCAUCGUAGAAUCGGAGUGUGCGGUGUUAGUCUGUCCUAUUGAUCGUGUACAGGAAGUCAAAGACUUGGUUGAGAAACUAGAGAAUUCAUAA